AUGAAACAGACUAUUGCAGAAGGCAGUGAGACCGAAGUCGAACAGUCCGAAGUCUCCCGGAAGUCGAAACCCAAGACUCGUUUAAAAUUGCUGCGAAACUAUGAUUUUCGUUUGGUCAGCAAGUUCCGUCACGCGCGACGUGCAACCGUGGGCGGUGGUGCAAGGAACGCGCGCAGUAUGUUUGUACGCGCGUUUCGAGACACCUUCGGACACAUGCGUGGCAGAAAAUCACGACCCGUGAAGCCGCGUCAUUGGCGAACCAGGCGAACUCAGCUAGGAUCCGAUUCGGAUCAACUCAAUGUGGGACCGUCUUGGCCUGAUCGAACCGUCAGCAUGAAACCACCCGAGUUAAUUGUGACCAUGAGUCGUGAAGGUUCGGAACAAUCAGACUUAGAAGAGGAGUAUAAUCGAGACUCUGAGCGAACCAUCUGUGAGGUUAUGACGGAUGAUCGUGGAACUGGUCGUGAUUUUCUGAGUUCUACCGGAGAUGAGAAGGAAGAAGAACAAAAGGCAGUCUUGUUGCAUGGCUUUUCGGACAGCGCGGCCAAACCGUCUACGGGGUCAUUGCGGCAUGACAAUAACGACUCAUUAUUUGACUGUGAUUUCAUUAGUGUCACAAGACAGACAGACGCAGACUCCUCAACCUCCAUUCCAGUAUCCCCGGUGCCCCAGCAACCAAGUGUAGAAACAAAUAUUCUGUCUCGUGAAUAUGGCAGCGUUGCGUCGAUCGGGGCCUGUUGUGAGCUGAAUUUAACACCAACCGGUACGAGGCGUAGAUCACAGCAUAGAAAGUCGAUUAGCACGGAACUUUAA